CUGGGGCUGGGGGCGGCGGCGGCGGCGGCGACGCGGGCGGCGGGCGGCGCGGGGCGGUCCGGCGGGUUCAAAGAGGAAAACAUGGCGGAAAACAAAGGCGGCGGCGAGGCUGAGAGCGGUGGCGGGGGCAGCGGCAGCGCGCCGGUAACUGCCGGAGCCGCCGGGCCCGCGGCGCAGGAGGCGGAGCCGCCUCUCGCCUCGGUGCUGGUGGAGGAGGAGGAGGAGGAAGGCAGCGGCAGGGCCGGCGCGGAGGGCGGCGCGGCUGGGCCCGACGACGGGGGGGUGGCCGCGGCCUCCUCUGGCUCGGCUCCGGCUGCCUCGGCUCCUGCAGCCUCGGUCGUGGGCUCUGGAGCUCCCGGGGGGGCCGUGUCGACGCCGGCCCCGGCUCCAGCCUCAGCCCCUGCUCCGGGUCCCUCGGCGGGGCCGCCUCUCGGACCGCCAGCCUCGCUUCUGGACACCUGCGCCGUGUGUCAGCAGAGCCUGCAGAGCCGGCGUGAGGCGGAGCCCAAGCUGCUGCCCUGUCUUCACUCCUUCUGCCUGCGCUGCCUGCCGGAGCCGGAGCGCCAGCUCAGCGUGCCCAUCCCGGGGGGCAGCAACGGCGACAUCCAGCAAGUUGGUGUGAUACGGUGCCCAGUAUGCCGCCAAGAAUGCAGACAGAUAGACCUUGUGGAUAAUUACUUUGUGAAAGACACAUCUGAAGCUCCUAGCAGUUCUGAUGAGAAGUCAGAACAGGUAUGUACUAGUUGUGAAGACAAUGCAAGUGCUGUUGGCUUUUGUGUAGAAUGUGGAGAGUGGCUCUGUAAGACUUGUAUUGAAGCGCAUCAAAGAGUAAAGUUCACUAAAGAUCACUUGAUCAGGAAGAAAGAAGAUGUCUCAGAAUCUGUUGGAACAUCUGGUCAGCGCCCUGUUUUCUGCCCUGUACACAAACAAGAGCAGUUAAAACUUUUCUGUGAAACAUGUGACAGAUUGACAUGUAGAGACUGUCAGCUAUUGGAACACAAAGAACAUAGGUAUCAGUUUUUGGAAGAAGCUUUUCAAAAUCAGAAAGGCGCAAUUGAGAAUCUGCUGGCUAAGCUUCUUGAGAAGAAGAAUUAUGUUAAUUUUGCAGCUACUCAAGUGCAGAAUAGGAUAAAAGAAGUAAAUGAGACUAACAAACGAGUAGAACAGGAAAUUAAAGUGGCCAUUUUCACCCUUAUCAAUGAAAUUAAUAAGAAAGGAAAAUCUCUCUUACAGCAGCUAGAGAAUGUUACAAAAGAAAGACAGAUGAAGUUAUUACAGCAGCAGAAUGACAUCACAGGCUUAUCCCGGCAGGUGAAGCAUGUUAUGAACUUUACAAAUUGGGCAAUUGCUAGUGGCAGCAGCACAGCACUACUAUACAGCAAGAGACUGAUUACUUUCCAGUUGCGUCAUAUUUUGAAAGCGCGAUGUGAUCCUGUCCCUGCUGCUAAUGGAGCGAUACGUUUCCAUUGUGAUCCUACCUUCUGGGCAAAGAAUGUAGUUAAUUUAGGUAAUCUUGUAAUAGAAAGUAAGCCAGCUCCUGGUUAUACUCCUAAUGUUGUAGUUGGGCAAGUACCUCCAGGGACGAACCACAUUAGUAAAACCCCUGGACAGAUUAACUUAGCACAGCUUCGACUCCAGCACAUGCAACAACAAGUAUAUGCACAGAAACAUCAGCAAUUGCAACAAAUGAGGAUGCAGCAACCACCAGCACCUGUACCUACUACAACAACAACAACACAACAGCAUCCUCGACAAGCAGCCCCUCAGAUGUUACAACAGCAGCCUCCAAGACUGAUCAGUGUGCAAACAAUGCAAAGAAGCAACAUGAACUGUGGAGCUUUUCAGGCCCAUCAAAUGAGACUGGCUCAGAAUGCUGCCAGAAUUCCAGGAAUCCCCAGGCACAGCGGCCCUCAGUAUUCCAUGAUGCAACCACACCUCCAAAGACAACAUUCAAACCCAGGACAUGCUGGACCCUUUCCUGUCGUAUCGGUACACAACACCACAAUCAACCCUACAAGCCCUACUACAGCAACUAUGGCCAAUGCAAACCGAGGUCCUACCAGUCCAUCUGUUACAGCAAUAGAGUUAAUCCCCUCAGUUACUAAUCCAGAAAACCUUCCAUCGCUGCCAGAUAUUCCACCCAUACAGUUGGAAGAUGCUGGCUCAAGUAGUUUAGAUAAUCUACUAAGUAGAUACAUCUCAGGCAGCCAUCUACCCCCACAGCCUACAAGCACCAUGAAUCCUUCCCCAGGACCCUCUGCUCUAUCUCCAGGAUCAUCAGGUUUAUCCAAUUCUCACACACCUGUGAGACCUCCUAGUACCUCUAGUACUGGCAGUAGAGGCAGCUGUGGUUCAUCAGGAAGAACUGCUGAGAAGACAAGUCUUAGUUUCAAAUCUGAUCAAGUUAAGGUCAAGCAAGAACCUGGGACUGAAGAUGAAAUAUGUAGCUUUUCGGGAACUGUAAAACAAGAGAAGACAGAGGAUGGCAGGAGGAGUGCCUGCAUGCUGAGCAGCCCUGAGAGUAGUUUGACACCACCUCUUUCAACCAACCUGCAUCUAGAGAGUGAGUUGGAUGCAUUAACAAGCCUGGAAAAUCAUGUGAAAACUGAACCUACAGAUAUGAAUGAAAGCUGCAAACAGUCAGGGCUCAGCAGCCUUGUUAAUGGGAAGUCCCCUGUCAGAAGCCUUAUCCAUAGGUCAGCAAGGAUUGGAGGAGAUGGCAAUAGCAAAGACGAUGACCCAAAUGAAGAUUGGUGUGCUGUCUGCCAAAAUGGAGGGGAUCUUUUAUGCUGUGAAAAAUGUCCAAAGGUCUUUCAUCUGACUUGUCAUGUUCCAACACUUCUGAGCUUCCCAAGUGGGGACUGGAUAUGUACAUUUUGCAGAGAUAUUGGGAAGCCAGAAGUCGAGUAUGAUUGUGAUAAUUUGCAGCAUAGUAAGAAGGGGAAAACUGCCCAGGGUUUAAGCCCUGUGGACCAAAGGAAAUGUGAACGUCUUCUGCUUUACCUCUACUGCCAUGAAUUAAGUAUUGAGUUUCAGGAGCCUGUUCCUGUUUCGAUACCCAAUUACUAUAAAAUUAUAAAGAAACCAAUGGACUUAUCCACAGUGAAAAAGAAGCUUCAGAAAAAACAUUCCCAACACUACCAAAUCCCAGAUGACUUUGUGGCUGAUGUCCGAUUGAUCUUCAAGAACUGUGAAAGGUUUAAUGAAAUGAUGAAAGUUGUUCAAGUUUAUGCAGACACACAAGAGAUUAAUUUGAAGGCUGAUUCAGAAGUAGCUCAGGCAGGUAAAGCAGUUGCAUUGUACUUUGAAGAUAAACUGACAGAGAUCUACUCAGACAGGACCUUCGCACCUUUGCCAGAGUUUGAGCAGGAAGAGGAUGAUGGUGAGGUAACUGAGGACUCUGAUGAAGACUUUAUACAGCCCCGCAGAAAACGCCUAAAGUCAGAUGAAAGGCCAGUACACAUAAAGUAAAAUGACGUGGACUUGAAUCAAUUGCUUAAAAAAAAGAAAGAAACCAGAAAACUUUACAUGUUGCUGGAAUAUCCUGCCUGUAGUGGGCCCCACCUUGAAGAAGCUGAUAGCUUUCACACAGUAUUAGAUUGAAAUGAUGGACAGAAAACAUUUCUUGUCAAGAAAGGGGGAGAGAACUUUAUUUGCAACUUUAAAAUAAAAGCAAAACUGAAACGAUACGAGGAUUUCUGUUACUAAUAAAGAUAAUUCUCUGGUGUGAGAAAUGACAGAUGUUAAUUAUGUGAUAUUGAUUGGUGCAGGAUACUGGAUGUACAAGUAAGUACUUGAGACUUCUGUUGUUUGAUAAAUUGUGUCUUGGGACUAGAGUGCACACUUAACUAAAACAGCUUUUAUGCCCUGCCCCUGCCCUUUACACACAUGAAUACUGGGUUGUUUUCUAAGUAAAAGUCAUAAGUAGUUCAGAUCCCACCUUAAUCUCAGUGCAGAUGUGCACUAAAUCAUACCGUUAUAUUUUUUUUCCUCACUUUGAUACUGUUUGGCCUUAGUUUUUUUAAUUGACUUUAAAAACUCAACAGUACCUUGUGUAUAAGAAACAUGACCAUUGAGCAUCGUUUAAUCAAAUUCAAUGGUCUAGUAAAAUUAAAAUGAUAAUUUUUUGUAGUGGUUCAUAUAGAAUUAUAAUAGUUUUCAGACAACGCUUUCACAAAAUUGCACUUCCCAAUCAGGUCAUCUGAUCAUACAGUUAUUCCCAUGAAAAGGCAGAAUGUUUGUUUCAAAAAUAAUCUGGUUUUCUGUACAUUUAAAUUUGAUUGAGAAGGUGACAGCUGGCUCUUACCCAGUUGUCUUGUCUUCCUUCAUAUCAGUUUUCUGAUAGACCACUAUUGGCAAACAGUAAUCUGUCAACUACCAAAUGUGUAAAAUUUUCUGUAUCUCACUUUGUCUUAUUUGUAAAUAGGGAACUAAAACUUCUGGCAGAUCAGCAACAUUUGCUGAGCCUGUUUUUUAAGCUAAUGUGUAUUCUUACUAAUGUUCCUAUCAAGAAUGGAUUUGUAAUAUAUGCUGUCUAUUUCUAAUGUUCACAUUCAUAUUUUGAGGUUCUAUCUUAUUUUAAUAGAGAACAGACUUCUCAAAAAAUCUUCAGAAGCAGCUUAUUAUUGAAAUAUCAAAAUAUUAAGAUAAACCCGGUGGGGUUAGAUUACUCAUCUGUCCACCAAGUGGGACAUUUGCAUGGACUGGGGCUUAAAGGACUUAGAAGAGGCCUGCAAGUGAAUUCUGAAAAUGAGCCAAUCCCCACUUGAAUGGUUACUGGAGUAAACCCACCUUUACUACCCUGGCUACAGCACCUGAGGCAGAUAAACCAACUUGGCUCUGGUUCAUUUUCUUCUCUUCGUUUAUAUGUUCAAAUUCAAAAUGUGUGCUCUAGACUGUGUACAGGCAUUUUUGUUGUUGCUGGAAAAAAACAAAAUGUUAGUCCUACUUUUGUAUGGACACAUUAGAAUAUAAAGUGACCAAAAUAGAAUUUGCCAUUAUUUUUCAGAUGUCAGCAGAUUUGUGGCAAAUUAAUUUGCCUUUUUAAAAAAAGUCAGCUUGGGCAAUUCAGACAGUAGACUACUCAGAAAAUUAUGUGACCUAAUUGUCUAAAAGGUAAAUAUUUUUAGUGCAUAUUGGAUCAAAUAAAGUACUCUAAAGAAUUAUUACACAGAUUCUUUGGAUAGUUUUUCUUUUGUUAGUAAAUGGUGUGAGUAAGCAGGAAUAUGACUCUAGGCCUUCUAAUGGUGUAUUUAAACAGCAUCAAUUUUGUUACUGCUCUCCACUUACUCUAUAUCUACUACCUUAGCUUCUGUUUAUUUUAUAAGUUAAACCUAAAAUCAAUAUACCAAACUGUUUUUAUUACUUUACUCAAAUAUUAAAUCUUCAAGAAGAGUUUUUUAUAAGAGGAAGGCAUCACUUAAAGAUUAUUUUAUUGAUACCUACUUUCCACAGUGUCUAAAAUUUUAAUUUGUAAGUAGACACAUAUGUAAGGCCACAUUUUUUAAAGCAUGGAGUACUUUCUGUCAUGGCUUUGAGCUCUAGUAUUGUGUUACUCUGCAAAUGAAUCCUUUUUAAAAACUCUUUAUAAGUCAUAAGUAGAUUCUUCCAACUUGGAGGAGAAACACAGUCAAGUAAAUAAAUAUUUGAGGCCUUACCAGAUAAUGUGUUCCCUUAACAACUUUGUUAGGUGGAGUUCUUGGGUUUUGUUUCUUUUAAGUUAUGCUGGUUAAAUUAAUUUAAAAAUUAUUUUAUUGUCAGCAUUUACUUGGCUCCAUUUCUGAAACAAGGUAUUUUACACUGCUGAGGAAUUUUAAGUGAAGGGGUUUAUUUUUGUUAAAGAUUUUUUUUUCUUGCACACUGAUCAUUGUGUUUUUUAAGCUAUUUAUUUGGCUGUAACAUAACUGAUUACAACUAUAAAAAUUAAAUUGAUACUUAAAUAUGUGUUUUCCUAUUAAUUGAUGUUUUAAGAAAACAAAUGUUGAAUGUCUGUCAAUCUCUGAAGGCAGUUUGUUUUAAAAUUCUCUCAUUUUCUUGAAUGUGUUGUUGUUCACUAGGUGAAGGAACUGCUUUGCAGAGUAAAAGUUCAUGCUA